ACAGGUGGAUAAUCUUCACUCAGAUAAAGCAAAGAGCAAACAUUUACUCUGUAUGUGAAUCGGUAUUAAGGAGUUGUUCCUAUUUCAAUAUGGCCGUCGAAUGUGUGAUAAAAAAUGCAUCAAAAACAGUUGGAGAAGGCCCACAUUGGGAUGACAUGACAAAUACACUUCUCUAUGUGGAUAUUCAAGAAAAUACUAUCCAUAGAUAUAACCCAGAGACGAGCGUCGGUGAUAAAAUAAUACUAGAGGACACUGUAGGAUUUGCGGUACCCGCUAAAAAGGGUGGAUUGAUAGCUGGCGUCGGUCGUUGUCUAGUUCAUGUUGACUGGGAUACAAAAAAGGUGACCAAACUUCACGAGGUGGAGAAGGGUCUAAAGACACGCUUUAAUGACGGAAAAUGUGAUCCGAGAGGAAGAGUCUGGGCAGGAACAAUGGGACCAAUUGAUCCUGACGUCGAGAAUAUGCCUAAAAUUGGUAGUCUGUAUUGUCUUGAUCUGGAUGGCAGUCUGCACACAAUGGUGAAAGAUUUAGGGAAAGCUAAUCAGAAAGUGGUUGUAGACAACGCUGGGAAAUCAUUACCAGACUUCGGUUUUCCUGACGGAAUGACCAUUGAUACAGAGGGUAAACUAUGGGUCGCAUGCUUCUUUGCCAGUAAAGUUGUUCGAUAUGAUCCAGAGACAGGUCAACAACUUCAAGCUGUCAACAUCCCUGCUCUAAGAAUAACGUCAUGUUGUUUCGGUGGGAAGAAUUUGGAUGAACUUUACGUCACAUGUUCCGCUCACGAGGUCUCCGAGGAAGAGUUUAAGAAAUACCCAUUAACCGGUUCUAUUUUCAAAGUUAAAGGCCUUGGUGUGAAAGGUUCUAAGGCACAGAUUUAUGAAGGAGAAAUCAAAGAGGGUUAAUGAGGGCAAAAGAUGUUUUGUGCAAAAUUUAAUAAAGAAAUAUUCAUGCAUGCAUUCAUUGAA